UCCGAGGGACAUGUUAUGUAGUGACACAGAAAAACUGGAUCAGUUCCUACAUUUUUUUUUCUAGCCAUUCUUCACAUUUACUCAAUUUGGCAGUUUUCCCAAUGUAUCGCGCCAGGGUUUUCCCAGGAAUUUAAGGAAGCGUUGCAGCCCCAUGGGCAGUGUUCUGGCUUUGUCUUCCGGUCCAGGCCAACAGAAUUGGCCUUUUUCUACGGACCCCCCUCCUUCUCGCUGGGACGCACAUCCUGCUCACUGGUAUAGCCCGCCACGCUGGGAGAGGAGAGAUGGACGACUACCUAACCCUGGCAGCUUUCACUCCCUGCACAGGAGUUGCAAAGAUGUAUUUCCUCAGCAGAUUGAAGGUGUCAAGAUGAUUAUCAACAAAACUGUGAGCAGCUUCUUCAAGGUCAGUCAUACCCUCCACCUCAGUGCCGUCAGCCCUUCGUACUAUCGAUUCCAUGUGGAGCACCUGCAGUCUGACGAUUACAGCAAAGACAAAGAUGCCCCCGCAUUAAUUGGUGAGAUGGAUUCCUCAGGCAGUCUGAAUGCUCAUGCUUUGCUGCAUCUCACUGAGCGCGUCCGAGCCAGAUCGGUUUUCCAGACCCAGCAGUCCCAGUUUGUAACGUGGCAAUUUGAAACGGAGUACAGGGGGAGUGACUUCACCGCUGCUGUAACGGUAGCUAAUCCAGACGUGCUUAGAGAAUCGGUUAUCCUAGUGGCACACUUUCUGCAGAGUGUGUCCUCUGGUCUGGUGUUAGGAGGUGAGCUGGUCUACCACAGAGGCAGAGCAGAAGAAGGUGGAAUCCUCACACUGGCUGGACAGUAUUCAAGACCAAACUGGGUGGCAACACUGAAUGCCGGGAAAGGAGGAGCCCAUGCAAGCUACUAUCAUAGAGCCAACAAGCAGAUCCAAGUAGGGGUGGAAUUUGAAGCCAGUACCAGGACUCAGGAGACCACAACCUCAUUUGGGUACCAGAUGGAACUACCAGAAGCCAACAUGGUCUUUCGAGGUAUGAUUAACAGUCGCUGCAUCAUUGGAGGCGUGCUGGAGAAGCGCCUGAGCCCGCUCCCUGCCACCUUGAUCAUGGGUGCCUUUGUAAACCACCGCGGUGACAAGUUGCAAGUAGGUCUUGGUGUCAAUGUGGGACAGUAGCCUGCUUUUUUUUUUCUUGCUGAAUGACAGCUGACAUUGACAACUGACAUGUCAAAAAAACAAAAACAAAACUGAAAGAUGCCUCCAUGGCUCCAUCCUGAACCAAUUCGUCAAGGUGAGUCAGCUAUGGGAAAUGCCACAAUAUCGUGGUCUUGAGUCCCAGAAGAGUUCCUGAAAUCAGUGCAUCGUCUCUUGUAAUCUACCUCUGAAAUGAAAGGGGAUUCCUAAUUUAUUUGGUUGGCGUCCUAUUAAGCAGAAAUGAUGAGGUGGACUUUCUGAGAGGCAAAACCACAAAAUGAAGGGAAUACUAGCGCGGACAUUUUGUUACAGAAGAUUAUAAAUGUAAAAAAGAAAACCGUGUUAUUUUAAUAUUUUCACUGGAAUGUAUGCGACUUUUCUGCAUAGUUGACUAAAAUCAUUGCAAUUUCAUUGUCAAAUUUGCAGAUUAUACACCAGUUUUGAAUUGGCUGUCAGAUUUUCCCACACGGUAAAUUAAUGCGAAAAAGAGGGUUUGAUUGGACAGAAGGACCCCAAAACAGUGUAUGUGUUCUGUCGAGUGUUAGUAUACAAAAGGUGCUGCUACAUAAAACCGAAGAGGACCAAGUAAUGAACUGUAUGGAAGGUAUGUGCAAUACUGUUCUGUAUCAUGCAACAUGCACGAUCGCACGCUCCAGUCAUAUAUUUAUUGUAUUAUUUAUGUUAUUUAACAAGGGGACAUUUGGAAGGGAGUGCAUUUUUGGACUUAAUUUAUUAAACAAUGUUAUUUAUAUCAUUUA